GUGGGGGGGAUUUAUAGUGAGCGCUUUCUCUCAGUCUGUGAAUGCUUAGAGCACAUUUGACCAAAAGAAAGAAACACCCCGGAAACUACAGUCAUCCUUCCAGGAAUUUCUAUUAUUAUUAUUAUUAUUAUAAUUAUUAAUAUCACAUUUUUUUAAUGAGCAUCUGAGCCCAAUGAACAACACCACCAAUGAGAGACUUUUUCGGACUGUAGUGUUUUCGGAUCGUGUCGGCUUCUAAUUGUUCAAGUGCUCUCGAAGCAAAUACGAUGGCACAGAAGGAUGGGAGUAUGGUGGGGGACAGUUUGGGGGUCAAAGCCGUCCCGAUGGGCCCCACGCCGGGGGGCGGCGGGGGCGGCGUGGUGGUGGAGGUACGCGAGAAGAAGGGACCCCUGAGGGCCGCCAUACCCACGAUGCCUUUCCCUCUGGCGGUCAUAUGCCUCUUCCUCAACACCUUCAUACCUGGACUUGGUACCUUCAUCUCAGCCUUCACGGUGCUGUGCGGCGCUCGCAGCGAGCUGGUGGCCGAGCGCGGCGCGUGCUGCGUCUUUUGGCUCAACGUGGCAGCCGCUCUCAUCCAGAUUGCGACGGCCGUCAUCAUGGUGGGCUGGAUCAUGAGCAUCUUCUGGGGCAUGGACAUGGUCAUCCUGGCAAUUUCUGAUGGCUAUAGAGAUCAGAGCGUUCCUCAGGACGUCUGAUAGGACUCAACAGUGUGAGCUCAAGUGGGGGGGAGGCACCUGGACACCCCUACCCCGAAACACGCCGGAAAACUUUCCUCCUUUAAACAGAGCAGAAGACACCGGGAGGCGUUUACUAGUCGGAGUAAAACAGAGGGCAUGAAUUCUCCGCCGAAAUGUUAGCAAGCUUACGAGCUAACCGCGACACGUUAGCCGCGAGGCUAGGCGGGAACAGGUAGUGACAAACACGCGUGUACUUCCAGAAAUAACUAAGUGGUUUUUUUUUCGUUUUUAAACCAUAUAAUCUACAUCAACGAUUCCCAACCACGACCAAACACAAAUGUUACAAAAAAAGUAAAAUGUAGUGCCUUGACAUACCUUCGUGUGUUUCUUAAAACAGUUGUGAAAAUAUUCUUCUUCGUUUGUCUUCGCAUGAUUGUAUUAUACUGUCCCCUGGUGGCCAAGUGGUGCACACCAGAAGAAGCGGCAAUUUAAUUAAGUGGUUUUUUUUUUUUACGUUUUUAUCAAGGAUAAUAAGGAAUAAUGUUUCAGUAAUGAGCAUGGUCGUGGAAUGUAUUGAACUUGUAAAUAAUGUUGAUCUCGUCUUAAUUUGCUCACAAAAUUUACGAACGUCUUGUGAAUUUCUUUUGUAGCUAGAGCCAACAUGUGCAGAUUAAUUGUACUUUGUCAUCUAGUAGACCUGUCACUAUACAUCGCUGGCAAAGAUAGAAGAAAAAAAGGUAGAUUGUUUGGAGUAAAUCACUAAUUUGCAAAAGAAUUAAGUGAAAUUUGAUUAUUUGGGUGGUUGGGUUGGGACUCACUGCUCAUCAAGGGUUUCUUACCAAUUCUUGCUUUUGUGUUGGUUUUCUGGGUUAGUAAAAUCUAAAUACAAAAAGAAAGAAAAGAGCAGUGGCUUGAUACAAUAUUUCUGUAAAUGGUGCAUUCUGCUUAUUAAAUGACACAUUUAA